AUGACCACAGCCGCUCCAGCUCUAACUACUGCAGCUCUUGCUAAAUCAACUCUUGCCCCUGGAAUAACAACAACUGCCCCAGGUCUUACCACUCCAGCUUCUGCUGCAACAACACUUGCUCCGGGCAUGACCACUGCAGCUCCAGCUCUAACUACUGCUGCUCCUGCUAAAUCAACUCUUGCCCCUGGAAUAACAACAACUGCCCCAGGUCUUACCACUCCAGCUUCUGCUGCAACAACACUUGCUCCGGGCAUGACCACAGCCGCUCCAGCUCUAACUACUGCAGCUCUUGCUAAAUCAACUCUUGCCCCUGGAAUAACAACAACUGCCCCAGGUCUUACCACUCCAGCUUCUGCUGCAACAACACUUGCUCCAGGCAUGACCACUGCAGCUCCAGCUCUAACUACUGCUGCUCCUGCUAAAUCAACUCUUGCCCCUGGAAUAACUACACCUGCUCCAGGUCUUACCACUACAGCGCCUGCUGCAACAACCCCUGCUCCUGGCAUGACCACCGCAGCUCCAGCUCUAACUACUACUGCUCCCUGCUAA